AUGCUCCUGCAGACUCGCCGGACUGCCGAGGCUCUCGUCCCACGACAACCAUUACCAACACUCCACUCAAGGCUGCACUUCAGCCUUCAGCCCGCAGGAGCCUCGCGGGUACCCGGACAUCGCGCCAGACGGGCAACUACGCACACUAUUGGGGGAAGCCCAUCCACCCUGGCCCCGGCGCCCCCUGCGCCCCCGUCUAGGCUGGGCUCCGUCACACCCUCUCCCAAUCCUGACCCCACCCCACCCUCUGUUCCCCUUCCCACCUCCAACUCCAGCCCCGCACCUGCUGUGGCUGGGCGGAGAAGCCCAGCUGUAGGGGGGUCCUGGGGAUGGGAAGCUCCCUGGUGGACUGGCCAGAUCCUGCCAGGAAAGACUUCAAACCCCCAGAGGUCAAAGGGAGACGCACCGAGGUCCGAAGGGGAUUUUCACAAGGGCCCCCAGGCUGGGACGGGGGGAAGCUGCCUGGAGCUCGCCUCCUCUCCCGCCCUGCCCUACCCCUGUGCCCUGCCAGCCUCCAGCGCCUCCGCCUCCGGGGUCUGCCCUGUGUGGCCAGGAAAAACAGCUGCUCCUAGCAAGCUAAACCAGCACCAGCAGGAGGGGAGCUCCGUGAGAGGAAGGUGCCUGGGCUUCUCACACAGAGGUGUGUCCAACCUCUACCCUGUUCCGAUGCCACCGAGAAGAAUGCAUUUGGGAGACUGAUGGAUGGGAGAGUGAAGCCCUGAGUCCCCCUGCUGCUGGUGACAUCAUGCCAGCAUCACUCAGGGCACCCUCCGUGGUGCUGUGGCUCAGUGAGACCCAGGAAUCGUGUUACGAGUACAAGGUGCUCCUUCACAAGUGCACACACCCACAUACACCUUCAGAAAGAA